UCUCCCUCCGUUUCCGUCAUCUGUUAAGUGUUGGUUAGGUUAGGUUGGUCGAUGUGUAUGUAGAUGCGGAUAAACAAUAAAUAAAAUUACGCAAAAUGCCGUUUAUGGUAGGCAAAGAGCCCGUGCGGCGAACAUUGAAAUAUCUGAUGUCCGGUCAAUUAGUAUUAAAAAAUAAAAUACAGAUAUUAUCCAUUAAUUACAAUACACAUAGUGAACAUCAUAAGGGUGCAAGAGGUUUCAUAUUUUGGCAUUUACCACAGCUGCAAUACAAAAAUCCAACUGUGCAGAUAGUUACUUUUAAAAAUAUGACACCUUCGCCAUUCAUAAAAUGCUACUACGAAGAUGGAAAAACAAUGUUAAUAGAUAUAGAUAGUAAAUCAAAGGACGAGAUACUUCAGCAUCUUAUAAAAGUAGUUGGAAAACCAAAAUCAACUUUAAUGCAAGAAACUAAAAUCAAGGAGAAGAAGGAUAAUCCAGCGAAUUUUGGAGUAGGUUGCGAAAAAAGCUGUAUAUGUCAUAUCCCAGGACAAUUGCCAUGUCCUGGUAUAGUACCUUUACCGGAUCAUAUGCGUGGAAAGAUUAUAAUAGAAAGAUUACAGAAUAAGGAAUAAAUAAGCUGUCUGAUAUUAAAAAUUCUUGUUAUAAUUGUAUUAUAAUUGCAUAUAUGUAUUAUAUACAUAGAAUUUAUAUGUA